CAAAUCAAAUUUUCUCUCUCUCUAAACGGAAUUCUCCGGCGAUCGGAAUAUGAAUUUUCCGGCGGUUUUCUCCUUUUGUAUCUAUUUUAUUUCUUGUUCUUCGUUUUCAAUUUCGGUUUGAAUCGGACGAUGAUGACGAUGAUGAUGAUCGGAUGUUAUAUUAUUUAUUGAUGUACUGAUGUUGAUGACGGAUGAGUUUGUUUAAAUCAUCUAUAGCAUUGAUUUCGUCGUUGUUCGGAGCUUUCUCCUUUCGAAAAUUGAGUUUUAGAAAGUGAUGUAAUGAUUUAGGUACAGUUUUGAGAUUCAUUUGAAAAGCUUGGCAAGUAGUACUAGUAGAGACUUUAAUUAGCUCUGAAAAAAUGGAGCAGAAGAACUGACAUAAAGAGUAUAAUUAGUAAGGUAUGAGAUGAGAGUGUCAGAGUAGGGUUUAAAGUUGAGGAAAAAGGAAUCGAUCGAUCCGAUUCAUAUCAAACCUUUUGAGACUCCAGGUAGUAUAGUAGUCUAUAGUAAACAUGCCUUUUCCUAUGAAGAUUCAACCUCUUAAUUCUCAAUUGUAUCAAGAGUCGAUCCGUUAUGAUUCAAGCAAACCGGCGGUCAAAUCUCGUCUGAGGAGGCUAUUCGAUCGGCAGUUUCCGAGUGUUCUUCGGAUUUCGUCGGUCGAUAAGUCUGCGAUUGGAGAACCGCAACAGUUCAGUAAAGAUGUUGCAGAUUUCGAACCUAGCUCUGUGUGCUUGGCGAAAAUGGUACAGAAUUACAUCGAGGAGCAGACGAAUGAGAAACCGUCUGCGAAAUGCGGACGUAAUCGAUGUAACUGCUUCAAUGGAAGUGUAAAUGAUAGUUCUGAUGAUGAAUUUGAGAUCGGCUUCGGCGAUUCAAUCGCCUCAGAUUCUUUGGAUUCACUUAAGAGCUUGAUUCCAUGCGCAACUGUUUCCGAGAGAAAUCUCCUGGCCGAUGCUUCAAAGAUAAUCGAUAAGAACAAAAACUGUAAACGGAAGGAUGAUCUGAGAAAAAUUCUGACGAAUGAUCUUCUUCUUCUCGGCUACGAUGCUUCAGUCUGUAAAUCUCGAUGGGAGAAAUCUCCUUCAUAUCCAUCUGGGGAAUAUGAAUACAUAGAUGUAAUAAUCAAAAGAGAAAGGCUAUUGAUCGAUAUAGAUUUCAAAUCAGAAUUCGAGAUUGCUCGUUCAACAAGCAGUUACAAAACGAUUCUUCAAGCUCUUCCGAUGAUCUUCGUCGGAAAAACUGAUCGUCUUCAACAGAUGAUCUUAACAAUCUCGGAAGCUGCUAGACAGAGUUUGAAGAAGAAAGGAAUGCAUAUUCCUCCAUGGAGAAAAGCAGAGUAUAUGACGGCUAAAUGGCUAUCUCCUUACACAAGAAUCACAUCAACUGAUGAUCCGCCGGCGGUGAGUGAUGUCAUCAUCAUCAUUGAAGAAGAAGAUGAAAAGAUCGAGUCCGGAGAGACAACGUCAUCUUCCUCGUCGGACAAUGCAGUGUUCAGUCCGGCAUGGAAACCACCGGCGGUGAGCUUGAAGAAUAUGGAGAAAAGAGAGAAGGUGGUGACUGGACUGGCAUCCUUGUUUAGAGAUAAAUUUUAACCAAAUUUUACAUUUUGUGUAUUGGAAGUUUGAGACAUUUUAGACGUUUUCAAUCCAUGGUAUAAUUUUGGUCA